AUGGCCACCACAGACACGCCAAGCACCGCUGCAGCUUCUGCCUUCAUGGACGUGCCGGAGCUGGUUGAGAACAUGCUACUUCAGCUGCCGCUCCGAAAAAUCCUCCUCGUUCAGCAGGUUUGCAAGACCUGGAAAGAUGUCAUUGAGACCUCGCCGCAGAUUCAGAAGGCACUGUUCUUUCGACCUAGUGCUGAUAUUCAGCUGCGCUUGGUCGAGACUCGUGGUGUCUACCCACUACCAUGCCGCAAGCAUAUGGAUUGCCCAAGUUACACCGGCGAUGGUCAUAAGCCAACAGACGACGAAAGCGGCUUCACUCGUUGGGCACAGUCUCUGUCGGACGAAAGCCUAUACCGCAUUCUGGUCAAUCCAUUCCUACGGUCUUGUGCAUCAGAGCCAGGCGGCCACCGGUACAUCAGACGCGAGGACCAUAGAUUCGAUCGCGACGUGUAUGAACGACCAGAAGCAUCAUGGAGGAAGAUGCUGCUUACACAGCCACCAUUGGCCGAAGCCAUUGUCAGAAGCUGCGGUGACGAAACGAUGCAUUGGCACAUUCUUCAAGCGAAGAAGAAUCCAAAAGGCCUGACCCUUGGCGAUGCCCGAUCACACGCUCGUAAAUUCGGGCACGGCCUUCGUAGGAUCUGGGGAGAGGAUGGAUUCGCGGCUUUGCCACUUGGAGGCGCUAACAUGCCUGCAGAUGUCUCGGGACAGGUGAUGAUUGAUGAGAUCAAGAAAGAACCGAAGGAGGAAGUCGAUGACCAAAGCACCAUUGCUGACGAGGAGGGUGACAGUGGUCACGAAGAAGAGGACCCAGGAGUCAACUCAGAUGGAUCAUGGAGCUAG